ACCUUAAAGGAACCGCGGCCUGUUAGCAGACCAGAGGGUGACCCGGAUGAUGGCGGCCGGCGCCGCGCUAGCCUUGACCCUAUGGCUACUAGUGCCGCCAAUUGGUGUGGCAGAGGCGGGACCUCCGCCGAUUCAGGACGGGGAGUUCACGUUCUUGUUGCCCGCCGGGAAGAAGCAAUGUUUCUACCAGUCUGCGCCUGCUAAUGCAAGCCUUGAAACCGAGUACCAGGUGAUCGGAGGCGCGGGGCUGGACGUGGACUUCACGCUGGAGAGCCCUCAGGGAGCGCUGCUGGUCAGCGAGGCCCGCAAGGCUGAUGGGGUGCACACGGUGGAGCCUACGGAGGCUGGGGACUACAGGUUAUGCUUUGACAACUCCUUCAGUACGAUCUCGGAGAAACUGGUGUUCUUCGAGCUCAUCUUUGACAGUUUACAAGACGACGAGGAGGUGGAAGGCUGGGCAGAAGCGGUGGAACCUGAAGAAAUGUUGGAUGUCAAGAUGGAGGAUAUCAAGGAGUCCAUCGAGACCAUGAGGACCAGACUGGAGCGGAGCAUCCAGGUGCUGACUCUGCUGCGGGCCUUCGAGGCGCGGGAUCGGAACCUGCAGGAGGGCAACCUGGAGCGCGUCAACUUCUGGUCAGCCGUCAACAUGGCCGUGCUGCUGCUGGUGGCCGUACUCCAAGUGUGCACGCUUAAACGCUUCUUCCAAGACAAGCAUCCUGUGCCCACGUAGCCCCCCGCCCCGGAGGAUGAAGGACAAAGCCAAGGGGGCAACAGGCAGGUGGCACUAGGUGUCCCUUCCUUAGUUUACCGCAGGAGGAGCUGUGCAUUUGGGGGGAGGGGCGGGUUGUAGGCAUGGCCCUUCCUGGACAGGGCAGGUCCCCCCGCCCCCCGGGGCCAGGGCUGCAUGAUGGGAGUGGCAGUGUGGUAGUUUAGUGGAGCUAAAGAGGCUCAUGGACUUUUCCAGCCUGGGGUUAGCCUCGAACUGUGAUCCUCACAUCUCAGCCUCCUGAGUAGCUAGGAUGACGGUGUGAGCCCCUGGUUGCCCAGCGUGGGGGGGGGCGGGGGAUCUCUUUUUGAAAAUGUGCCUUAGCUUAAGUCUUCCAGUGGAUGAAUUGCCAAAAGUCUUCCCUCCCUGCCCUCCCCCCACUCCCCAAGCCCGGCCAGCGUGGAGCAGGGCCUGCUGCGCAUGCGCGCCGGGCCCCACCUCCAGGCACCUCCCAGCUCUCCUAGGCUGGGGCAAGACCAGUGGCCACCACGUUCUUUCCGCCAGGAGUCACUUUAUUCCACGGAAAGGGGCCCUGCGCCUGGCCUGGUGUGUGUGUAUGGGGGGGAGAGUCUGGUAACAGAACACCAGGAGGAGGGCAGGACCACCCCCUCUUCCUGCAGGGGCCCCACAUGGGGUUGAUGGGGGUGGGGGGCUCAAAGAACAAAGGGGCGUCCAGCCCCCCCCCUACUGGAGUCAAUAAAUUAUGGUCAGAAAAUCA